CACACCAUUUCACCAUGAGUGGAGGCUUUGCAGCUUUUGACUCCUCAUCCUGUACUGACAGGCUGAAAACAUUCAGCUGAGGCUCCUUUACAAAGGUAAACUGGAAGAAGAAGAAGGAAACAACGCUGGAGCUGUUGGGCCUGUCUCGCUGUUGUGCUGAAAACUGGUUCGGCCAGGUUUUUCUUCUUGUCAGGAGCAUCUUGUCCUUCUAGGAGCACACCUACGGGAGCAGACAUGAGGCUGCAAACUUUCUCAAGAGCACAAAUUGUUCAGGCUUUCACUUCGCACUGCAAGGCGCGAGCUGCCAAUGACAACAGAGGCUUCAAACAGGAGUUCGAGGAGCUUACUGACGUUGGGAAAGACCUCCCCACGAAGGCAGCGGAAGUAGAGGCCAACAGAGAGAAGAACAGAUACCCUUACAUUUUACCCUAUGAUCACUGCCGGGUGAGGCUGUCUGUUCAGAACUCCGCUCCACACACAGACUACAUCAAUGCCAGUUUUGUGCCUGGCGGAGGAUCAGAGAGAGACUUCAUCUGCACACAAGGUCCUUUACCCAACACCACAGCUGACUUCUGGAGGAUGGUGUGGGAGCAAAACGUCAGGAUAAUUGUCAUGGUGACAGCUCUGAGACACAAGGACAUAGUAUUGUGUGAUAAGUACUGGCCUCUGGAGCCGGGGACAGUUCAUCACGGACUGAUCCAAGUUACAACCGUGACCUGUAAACAAGGUCCAGAUUAUUCUGUCACAAGCAUUAACCUUCGACAGAGACACUGUCCAACAGACAGGACGGUCACACACUACUACUAUCACACAUGGCCGGAUCGGGGCGUCCCGAGGAACAUUUCCUCGUUGUGCGUGUUCACUGAGCAGGUACGGAGGCAUUUGGAGGCGAUUCCUCGCCUGGGUCCGGCGGUGGUGCACUGCAGUGCUGGAGUUGGACGAUCGGGGACUUUUGUGACAUUUCUGUGGCUGAUGCAGCUGUGCGUGAGGGGCAUCCACCCGGACAUCCGGGCUGCUGUGGAGGACCUGCGGCUACAUCGCAUGUGGAUGGUCCAGAAUCUGGAGCAGUACAUCUUCGUUCAUCAGUGUCUUCUUCACUGGCUCAGUGGAGGAACCGCAGCAGGCCCACCGAUCCAGGGAAUAAGCCUGAAGCCUCAGGAGGGUCUUCACAGCUCCUCGAGCCGCGGGGAGCGGACAGACAGGAGACACCGUCGCCACAGGCAUUCACAUUCAUCAGACCGGGCACAGACCGGCAUGCAGAUGUUCCACCCUGCAAAACUCCUGAGGCGACUCUUGCCUUCUUCCUCAGCACUGAAUCCUGGAUCUCACAUUCUGAACUAAGCACGCUGCCCUUUUAACAGUUGUUCACAAUGAAAAACUGUGACGUACUGUACAGUACAGUACAGGCCCUCAGCCAGGAAACUGGCCCGACAACAUACAAAAGGAGUGCUGGUAGACAAACUACGUGCACAUCAGUUUGUACUGCACCUCAGGGGAAUUAAAGACGUUAUAUGAGGGUAAACCUGUUGGUCUACUCUGAGCUAUGUACUGCAACAACAAGUGGAACUCAUCAGAUCCUGACAGUGUGUGAAACCGGACAGUUCGUUUACCUCCAUUACUGAUAAAAAUGUUGUGAAAUGAUUUUAUUAGGAUUUUUUUUUUGGAAAUAAAAAUCAUUGUGCAUCA